AUGGUAGCCCUCGAAACGAUUCAAGCCUCGAACGAGAGGAUUGCAUCCACUCUCCCUUCCGGACUCGUCGCUGUGUUCGUUGGUGCGACAAACGGGGUUGGCGAGGUUACAGUGCGACGAUUUGCGAAAUAUGCGUCAGCGCCUCGAGUUUACCUGAUCGGUCGCUCUCAAGAAGCUGGCACUCGCAUUGUCAACGAGUGCACAGCUCUGAACCCAGAUGGCAAAUUCACCUUCAUCGCCAAAGAUACGAGUCUGAUCCGCAAUGUCGAUGAGAUUUGCAUGACGAUUCAGCGGAACGAAAAGUCGGUAAAUAUGUUGUUCCUGACCAUCGGGACUCUUCAGACUGGUCAAACAACUGAUGAAGGUCUCCAUUACCCUGCGGCACUAGCUGUUCAUGCACGCAACAGAUUCAUCUCCAAUCUGAUGCCACUGGUCAACAACGCAACUACCUUGCGCCGAGUCAUCUCUGUGUUCAUCGCCACUCUUGAAGGAGAGAUUCAGAUGGACGACUUCCAAGGUUGGCAUAUGAAACUCAUGGCCAAUAGAGAUCAUGCCGCUUCCAUCACCACGUUAUCUCUCGAGAGUCAUCACAAAGAGAACCCGAACGUGUCAUUUGUUCACAAUUUUCCUGGCGUCGUCAAGUCAGGUAUAACACGUGGUACAUCGGGGCCAAUCUUGACUGCUCUCAAAGCAUUGGCUCGUGUUUUUGGGUCGCUGUUCUACAUGCCUGCGGAUGAAGCUGGAGAUCGACAUGUUUUCCUUGCGACGAGUGCACGAUACUCAGCUGGCUCUUCAGAUCCAGCAGCUGGUGUGCCUCUCUCGGUUGUUGAUGAUCUAUCCCUCGCGCGUGGGACUGACGGUGAACUGGGCAGUGGUGUCUACUCCAUCAACGCCAGCGGGGAGAGUGCCGGCCCAAAAGUGGAAGAAGCUCUUGCAUCUCUAAGAAGCAGAGGCAUGGUAAAGAAAGUCAUGGACACUAUCAACGCAGAUAUCGAGAAGGCACUCGCGACAAGCCUAAAGCCUUGA